GCGCGCAGCAGACGCUCCGAGGCAGCCGCCAGCCGCUCCGCCGCUUCGGAUCCGCAGCCAUCCUGCCCCGCGAGCCUCCGGCGCCCCCCGCCGACCGGCCCCCCAGGCACGCCCGGCUCCCCUCAACCACAACAGGCAGAUCGGGAGCGGUGCAGAGAAAUUUCCUUACUCGAUGACCUUUCAUCGCAAUGUCCGAUCGUUUGGGGCAAAUAACCAAGGGAAAGGAUGGGAAAAGCAAGUACUCAACACUCAGCCUGUUUGAUAAGUAUAAAGGGAAGUCAGUAGAAGCUAUCAGAACUACAGUUAUUCCUAGACAUGGCUUACAAAGUCUCGGGAAAGUUGCAGCUGCCCGGCGCAUGCCCCCUCCUGCCAACCUGCCAAGUUUGAAGUCUGAGAACAAAGGAAACGACCCCAAUAUCAUCAUCGUACCCAAAGACGGUACAGGAUGGGCAAACAAGCAGGACCCCCCAGACCAAAAGAGUUCCAGUGCCACAGCCGCACAGCUGCAGGAGUCGCUGCCGCAGCAGGAUUCGCAGAAAUCUCUCUCCAGUUUGCAGAAGCUGACACAGUCCAUCAGUCAGGAGAGCACAAAUUCAGCGCCAGGUGGACAAAAGUCAUGGGCACAGCUGAAUGGAAAGCCAGCCAGACACGAAGGUGGUUCAAGGGUCUCAAGCCGACUGUUAUCCUUCUCUCCCGAGGAAUUUCCAACGCUGAAAGCAGCUGGAGAGCAGGACAAGGCUGGCAAAGAAAAGGGCGUCUCAGAUCCGUCGUAUGGGCCCGGACCAAGCCUCCGCCCCCAGAAUGUGACCAGUUGGAGGGAGGGCGGCAGCAGAAGCAUAACUUCUGCCACAUCUCUGACCGCCUCCCUGACUGAGCUGGGCCCUAAAACCCCCAGUGUGGGGGACGGAGCCCCCUCCUCGGCGAACCCCAGCGACCCGAAGGAGCCUUCCCUUCGCCCAACUCAGCCUGUACGCAAAGGGGCUUCGCAGUUCAUGACAAACCUGUACCAGCCUCCAACCUACCACGACAUGCUGCCAGCUUUUAUGUGUUCAAACCAGCCGUCUGAGACCCCUGGAGCAAAGGAUCGUGGGGCAGUUCCUCUCCCGCAGUUCCGCUUAGAGCCCCGUGUUCCUUUCAGACAGCAUCAGGCCAACAUCCAAGACGGAAAAGAAAACCGCCCUGGGACUUCGCGUCUGGCUCGCCCAGUCCGGCCACAAGGGGAGCGGGUUCCCCGGCCCACCAUCAUCAAUGCAGAGAACCUGAAGGGGCUGGAUGAACUCGACAACGAUGCCGAUGACGGAUGGGCAGGAAUCCACGAUGAGGUGGAUUACUCCGAGAAGCUGAAAUUCAGUGAGGAUGAGGAAGAGGAGGAAACCCAUAAAGACGGAAGACCAAAAUGGAACAGCUGGGAUCCCAGAAGGCAACGGCAGCUAUCCCUGAGCUCAGCAGAUAGCACAGAUGCCAGACAUCCCCAGGAAGAAGCCAAGAACUGGGGCGACCCAGCUGGUCUGUCUCGGCCAAUCCGUAAAACUCAAGAUAACCCAGUGCCCUCGAGGAAGGUGAAUGGAUGGGCUCCCCUUUCGGACUACCAGAAAACACCUUUGGCAUGCCUCCGGCAACAGUCUUCUGAGGAUAAAGAGGAGAAGCUGCCCCUCCGGCAGAAGUUUGUCCACUCGGAAAUGUCGGAGGCCGUUGAGCGGGCCAGGAAGAGGCGGGAGGAGGAGGAACGGCGGGCCCGGGAGGAGCGCCUGGCAGCUUGUGCUGCCAAGCUGAAGGAGCUGGAUCAGAAGUGCAAGCUGGCCCAGAAAGCGGCCGAUGGCCACAAGCACGCGGACCCUGAAGAGCCCAGAUCCUCCGCCACGGAGAAGAGCGCCCUGCCUGAGAACAGCCAGGUGGUCCGGAGAGCGAACCCUGAAUUUCAUGCCCCAGAGGCCGCGUUGGGUUACGUCCCAGAAGAGAUCCCAGCUGUGUCGGCCGCCCAUCGGAACAGCAGCGAGGAGGAGCUCCGAGGGAUCACGUCUCCGCUGCAGGAAUUCAAGUACCCAAAACUACUUCCUCCACGGUUCCAGCGGCAGCAGCAGCAGGACCAGCUGUAUAAGAUGCCAAGCUGGCAGUCCCCGCAGGUCUACCCGCCCCCCUCCCAUCCUCAGCGGACCUUUUACCCCCCACACCCGCAAAUGCUGGGCUUCGAUCCGCGUUGGAUGAUGAUGCCUUCCUACAUGGACCCCCGCAUGGCCCAGGGGCGCCCCACCGUGGACUUCUAUCCUUCAGUUCUUCAUCCAUCAGGGAUGAUGAAACCUGUAAUCCAGCAGGAAUCCAUGAACGGGAGCAGCUGUCCAGCAGAGGAGCAGAGGUUCCAGCCCUCAGUGCAGCCGGAGAGGAAAGCCGUUCCACUGGAGCCCGCCCCGGUAUGGGGCCAGGAGAGCUACGCCCCCCUGCCAAGCAAAGGGGGCUCAGUUUCGCGCUCCAAACAGGCCGAGGGCUUGGCCAUGGAGGGGCUGCACGCCAGGAACGGCAGCUCUUACUCGGUGCAGCCCAGCAUCCACACCCAGCACCAUCUCUUCGACGAGCCCGGAGAAAACUACCUGAACGCCUUUGACAAAAAGCCCCAGGCCGGCUUUGACGGCUGCAUCGCCGCCUCCCCCAGGGAGAGUCACGACCGCCUCUUCCCGCAGCAGGAGGGUGCCCCUGACGCUGCCGACACACGGCACGUGAGCUUGAGCCACUCUCCCGUGGAGCCCGGCUUGGUCCACGCCGAAAAGAAGGCAGAGUACAACAGCUGGGAGGUCGGCCCGUUUCAGAAGCCUGCCGAGGCAGCUGCUCCUGCGGAGGAGGAAGCCUUCCGGGACGAGCAGCCAUUCGGCACCGAGCCGUGGAAGAAGGAGGGCCCUGCGGACAAGCAGGAGGCCGGCUGGGCCGUGGAGCAGCAGCAGGCGGGGGGCCAGCCACCUCAGCAGGAGCAGCCGAGCAGGGCCCGUCGAUCCGGCCCCAUUAAAAAGCCAGUGCUGAAGGCUCUGAAAGUGGAGGAGAAGGAGAAGGAGCGGGAGAAGGAGCCGGAGAAGGUCAAGAUGGACGAGGAGCCCUCCCGCCCGGCCAAGGACAGGGCCCCCGCGCAGCAGGGCGAGGGCACCGAUGGCGCCGCAGCAGCCUUGCUCCGCGCCGCGCCCUACCACCUGGCGGACGAGAAGUGUCCCUCUCGGGCUGCUGCCCAGGAGCCGGAGAAACCCCACGAGGAGGAGGAGGAGGUGGAGGAGGAGGAAGAGCAGGAGGAGGAGGAGGAGGAGAACAGCGGGAAGGCCUGGGACAGCAAGCCCCUCUCCCGGGAGCCCAGUGACCUGCCCCCGGCCAGAAGAAACAACUGGAUCUUCAUUGACGAGGAGCAGGCCUUCGGCGGGAGGGGCCGGGGCCGGGGCCGGGGCUUCCGCGAGUUCACCUUCCGUGGCCGGGGCAGCGCCGUGGGUUGCGGUGCCGGCGCCCGAGGGGGCUACAGCAGCAGCAGCGGCAGCGUGGGCAGCGCCCAGAGAAGCAGCCGAGGGCGGGCCCUGCGGGAGUUCAACCAGCUGGAAGAGUUUUCUCGCGGGAAGCCCCGGCGCAGGAUCGCCAGCGAGACCCACAGCGAAGGCUCCGAGUACGAGGAGCUACCCAAGCGCCGCCGCCAGCGUGGCUGCGAGAACAGCAGCGAGGGCUCCCUCGUGGAGCGGGAGGAAGGGGACCUCAAGAAGGGGGACUUCCGCGACUCCUGGCGGUCCAACAAGAUCUAUUCGGACGACCACGGCAGCCUGGAUGCCAGGACAAGGGCCCCGCGCGUGUUUGGGCGCUCCCUUCCCCCGAGGCUGAGCAACUCUGGGUACGGGCGGAGGGGCUUUGUCGCCAAGGAGCCCUGGCAGGGCCGCAGCGGGGGGAACGUGUGGCCGGAGCACAGCCAGAGCACCCCACUGGAGACCUUUGGGGUCAGGCGGCAGCCGGACCGGGACUAUGGCCAAGAUGCUUACAAGAAUGCGGAUUCCUUUGGCAGAAGGGCCUUCGAGGAAGAUCUGGUGGACAAGAGGCCCUACUUCCAGGAGGAUUAUGGGGGUGACCCCGAAAACACAGAGAACCGGCCGUUCCGCCGCCGUCGGCCGCCCCGCCAAGACAAACCCCCCCGAUUCCGGCGCUUGAGACAGGAGCGCGAGCUGGUGGGGCAGUGGAGCCCCGAAGACGGGGGCGGCAACCUCCUGGCUUGCCAGUGGCCUGGGAGAGCGAAGCUGCCUGUGGCGGAUCGGAACGGCUCCUCCGCCCGCAGGUCCCCCGAGCUCUCCUACCAGAACUCUUCCGACCACGCCAACGAGGAGUGGGAGACGGCGUCGGAGAGCAGCGACUUCAGCGAGAGGCGGGAUCGGCGCGGAGGCGCCCCGGAGAGCGAGGCCCAGCUGGAGGGUGGCCUGGUUGGCAGCGGUGUGGGCGAAAAGCGGGAACUGGCCAAGCGGAGCUUUUCAAGCCAGCGGCCUGUCGUGGACCGGCAGAGCCGCAAGGCCGACCCUGCAGGGUUCGGGGAGAAAGCUGUGAGAGCCGGAGCGAGCGGUGCUGCUUCUCGCUAUGACAGUCAGCCCAGCGGGCCGCAGGGGAAAAGUGAAAGAUCUCCAGAAGAGAGUGGGGCGCUUGACGCAAGCAGCCAGUCGCUGUAUGGCUCCCACGCCAACCUGAGCAGCGCCGACGGGCUGGGAAGGAAAGUGGAGAAGGAGCCCAAAUCUGCAGCCCAACAAGCCGGCGAGAAAGGAGAAGCCAUCUCUCAGUUCGAGCUGAGCUAUGGAAAUGGAGUCGUGGACAGUCGGCUGGCAGGCCCUGUGGAGGAGAGCGAGGUCGGGCCCAUGGGCAGCGAAGGCUUCAUUGAGGUCCUGACCAAGAAGCAGCGCCGGCUGCUGGAGGAGGAACGGAGGAAGAAGGAGCAAGCUGCCCAGGCUCCAGCCAAGGGCCGCGUCCUCCAGUCUCGCAUCCCGCCUCGCUUCGCCAAGAAACAGAACAGCCCGUGCCUCGAGCCAGGGGACCUUUCGGUGACCGGGAGCAGCCUGGGCACAGAGAUCUGGGAGUCCAACAGCCCAGCGCUCUCUGUCCAGUCGCCGGGCACCGAUUCCUGGAGCAAACCCGUCAAUGCCUUCACCAGCAACGAAUCCGGUUCUACUGAAGGGUUCAAAAGCAGCCAGGGAGACAGUGGCAUUGACCUGAGCGCGGAAUCGAGGGAGUCCUCCGCCACCUCUUCGCAGCGCAGCUCUCCUUAUGGCACUCUCAAGCCCGAAGAGAUGAGCGGAGGUGGUCUGCUGGACGCCAAGCCUGACUGCCCGAAAGAGCCCGCUGCCAAGCGGCCAGAGAAAAAGGAUUCAGAGCAAGGAUUGAGUCAGAGCAGGGACCACAAGCCUGGGCCGAUCGGCAACGAACGCUCCUUGAAGAACCGGAAGGGCUCGGAGGGAGCAGAUCGCCUGGAAGGCAGCAUCCCCCCGGUCAACGGUGUGGACAUUCAUGUGGACGCGGUUCUUCCUGUGCCACCCAUUGAGUUUGGAGUAAAUCCUAAAGAAUCGGACUUCAGCCUGCCCCCGGGCUCAGCCUCGGGUACAGCAGCGAACCCCGUCACAAAAUUGCAGGAUGGCUUGGCCAGCAAUGCUGGGCUCACCCAGUCCCUCCCUGUCCUCCGAAGAGAUCACCACCUCCCACGAUGCAUCGGCUUGAACCCCAUGUCAUACCCUACAGCGGAUCUCACUCUUAAAAUGGAGUCGGCGCGCAAAGCUUGGGAAAACUCUCCCAGCCUCCCAGAACAGAGUUCCCCUGGAGGCGCUGGUUCCAGCAUCCAGCCUCCUUCCAGUGUUGGGGCUUCCAACGGUGUCAGCUACAGUUCCUUCGGCGGUGUGUCCGUGCCGCCCAUGCCUGUGGCUUCCGUCGCACCAUCACCUUCAAUUCCAGGCAACCACAUCCCUCCCCUGUAUUUAGACGGCCACGUCUUCGCAAGCCAGCCGCGCCUCGUUCCCCAGACGAUACCUCAGCAGCAGAGCUACCAACAGGCGGCUGCUGCUCAGCAGAUCCCACUGCCCCUGCACACCUCUCUGCAGGCCCCGGCUCAGCUUGGACUGAGGGGAGGCCUCCCCGUCUCGCAGUCCCAGGAGAUCUACAGCUCCCUGCAGCCCUUCAGGUCUCAGGUCUACAUGCAUCCCAGCCUGUCCCAGCCCAACACCGUGGUCCUGACCGGAGGCACUGCCCUGAAGCCUCCAUAUUCUGCCUUCCCAGGUAUGCAGCCUCUGGAGAUGGUGAAAGCACAGUCCGGAUCCCCCUACCAGCCAGUGAACGGGAGCCAGGCCUUAGUUUACGAAGGCCAGAUCAACCAGGCCCCCGGUAUCGGAGCCUCGCAGAUGAUGGACUCGCAGCUGACCCAGCUGACGAUGCCGAUGCCUGGAUCUCAGCUUCCAAUGCCUCGUUACGGCUCUGGCCAGCAGCCCCUGUUACUGCCGCAGUCCAUUCAGCUUCCCCAGGGCCAGAAUCUGUCUGUCGGAGCUCCGCGUAGGAUCCUCUCACCUGGCUCCCAGCCGUCUGUCCUUGCUACAAGCAGGGAGUCCUCUCACAUGGAAAUGAAAGGCUUCCACUUUGCUGAUGCUAAACAGAACAUACCCACAGGAGGGACUAUUCCAUCAGCUCACACAUACAGGCCGAGUUCUGCCAGUCCCAGUGGAAAACCCUCUGGACCAGCCGUCAACAUGAGCUCUGUGCAGGGGCAUUACAUCCAACAGGCAAAACAGCGGGUGGACGAAAACAAAGCUGGUCUUGGAGCUGUGAAACUGCAGGAACCUCCCUCGGCCAGUCAGAUGAAGCCGGUGCGCACUGGCGCGAUCAAGCCUCAGGCGGUCAAGGUGGAAGAGAGCAAGGCCUAACCAGUGCUGGCCCCCGGAAGCCUGCUGGCUUGUUCCACUGGGCUAAGAGAGGGAGGGAGAGAAGGCUCUACAGGUCACCCCACCUCUGUCCCCCCUACUCCAGCGAGUGGAUGUGCUGAGACUUUUCCCUGGUCCUCCUGCAGCUCACCACCAUGAAAUCUGCCACCCGAAGCAAUGUCAUCUGAGUCCUUCCAACAACGCCGUUCUUGAGCAGUGGAUUUUUCUUUUAACCUUGGCCUGCUUGCUUUGAAACAAACCGAACAAAAACGGCAAACGCCCCUUCGGCCUCCUGGACUUGCUGAGCAUCUCUGGCCGUUUUCUUUUCCUGGUUUCUGUGUGCAAAUAGCAGUGACUGGCCGUUGGUAAAGCCACGCCCCAUCCCAGUCCUCCGGUCUCAGCAGAGUGGCAGCGAGGGGAAGGGAUCGUGGGGGAAGCUUCGUCUGUCUUUCUUUUUAAAGGCUGCUGAGGUUUUUAAGAAAAACAGAAUGCUCCAUCUUUCGUUUUCUAGCUGAACUUUUCUAUGUUCUCUCAUAGUACCCCUCUUUCCUGCUGCUGCUGCUGCUGCUGCUCCUCCUCCUCCUCCUCUUCACAUUCUGGAAAAGAAAUUCCAAGACCAAAAUCAUGCACUUGGAUGGACCCAUCCUUUUGACUGGGUGGAGAGAGGUUGGGGUCUGUUCAGAUGGCUGCAGUCUGAAACAGGUCCAUGUCAGCCCUUGGUCCUCAGCUCCUCCCAGCUAAAUACAGGAUCAGCAAAGGCUUUUGUCGUCUUUGGCAUUCCCCUUCCCCGCUUUAUCACUAGAGACAGAGCUUGCUUUAGGAGUAAAAUGUGUACGAGAAGCAUUUGCAAUCCCCGCGUGAUGCAUUUCAGUAUUUGUGCAGCUCGGCUAUAAUUUUGGGGUGUCUCCUCUCGUCCUACAUGGCAGAAAGAGUGGUGGGAAGGAAUCUUGUUUUUGUUUGAAGAAAGGGCACUGAGCUUCAGUAACAGCAGCAGUACGUGGUCCGAAAAAGAGCUGCGAAAAGCACUCUUCCCGGAGUGGCUGCAGGCUCGGUAUUUGAAAAGUGGAAGGUGCUGAGAAUUUGUCAGUUCAACUGAAAAAACAAAACAAAACAGAGGAUCUCAUGCCUAAGUGGGAGACUAUGUUCUCGUUGCUUGGCUGCUUUUCCCCCUUCUCAGAGGAAAGCUAGGCGAUUGGCCCCUGGUGACGGUGUGCAAAUUUCCCAUAUGCUGUCUUCCUGGGUUAGUCUUUUUCCUUUGAUAGCUGAAGCAGAGUAGGUGAUUGGCCGAGAAAGACCUCUCCCAUCAGACAGCUGUAGUGCGCUCUUGUGUACCUGCGAAAGACCAACCACACACAAUAAAAAAUAACAAAUAGAAUUGCUCCAUUUUCCGGAUCUGCAACAAAAAUGGCAAACCAGGGGUAGCUUGGGGGAGAAUGAGGGUUUUUUCCAGCUUGGCCGAGUGGCUCGUAAGCUGAGCUCCAUGGCCCACCAUGGAAUUCUGUCCCUGGUUUAGAGAACACACAGCCCAUUGUGGGUCAAACAGGCCAUGGAUUGUCAAGGCUAGUUUGUUGCCCCAAAAUAAGCCACCCUGCAGGAAGCGGGCUGUGUUCAGAUGUCACAAGGGGUGCUAGUUCUUGCAAACCAGGUCUCUCCUUCUGCACGAUCCACACAAAUCCAGUCAUCACUGGAGAGUUUGACAUUGUUUUUCUUUUUUUUCUCAUCUCUGGGAAAAGUUAGCAUUGUGAUAAUAGGAGACGAGUUGCUCAGGACUGACCCAAAGCGGAGUCCAUUAAGAAAGCUCUUUGCCUGGUGUGGAUCCAACAGAGUCAGCUAGAACCAAGGAGUUUGUGAACUCCUUUUAAUUUUGCUUAAUGCCCCCUUCUCCUUUGUCUCUCUAUUAUCUCAACUUUUGGAUUUCUUGUCUCAUUCAGACUGAUCUGUAUUUUACUGUUUUGUUCUUCUCAUUUUUUGUCUUUUUGUUGUGACGGUGGCCAGGAAAUGAUCUGGACUUCUUUCUUAGUUCUUUCUCUCUGCUUUCCUCUUCUGCUCGUAUACUUCACAAUAGACUACAGCAGAUAAAAGACUUUUUUUCUUUGAAAAAAGGAAAUAAUUUUUAUGGCCAGGGGAGUUUUAUUUUACCCUGUGUUUUUUCUCCCUUUUUCUCUUCACCCUCCCCAGCAAAUAAUAAUUUCCAGUGCAGUCAUUUUUAGUAGCUACGAACAUAGAGAGUCAAUAAUGUUUUUUCUUACUGAGCCACCGUGCUGAGAAAAGACAAGAUUUUGGUGGCUGGGUUUCCACAUGUGCUUUUUGUGUUGGAAACGAUGUCAGAGGACCCUGGUGGAGCCAGAUGCCUCCAGACUGUCUUCUGUGUAGAUCGGUUUUGUAAAAAGACCCAAGAGUGGUCUAUACCACACCCUGUGUAGGGAAGGAAAACUCUUUUCGCUUGCAGACAGUAGCUUAAAGUCUCUCCGCUGUUUUUCCUUAGGUGUCAAGCCAGUUGUUUUGCUGGUGGUUCCAAAGACGAUGUGUUUUGAACAAAGAAUGUAUUUAAGGGUGCCGGGCGAUGUUUGGGGAUGUGUCAGGCUUGGCUGAGCAGAAGACCACAUCCUCACCGAUCUCCUAAAAAGCUGUCCAGAUGUCUGAGCUUCUUUUUUUGACAAGUUAUAGCGAUGUCCCCUCUUCACCCAUGCGCGUAUCCCUUUGUGGGAAAUCUUGAAGGGGUUUGAGAUAGAUGGUGCUUUUAAAUAAAUAGAUAAAUAAACAAAUUGCUGUUUGGGGUGGGAGGGUUAUUUUUGGUGGGUAACUUUUAUGGCAGAGAUGCUUCUUCUGGCGUCUUACAUUGAUCUGAGACUUCGUAAUGUUGGCGUUUGAAAUCGUCCCUCCUAUCCCCAUUCUUUUCAGAGACUGUGCAAUUGAUUAUCUGGCGUGCUACUUCGGUUUCUUUUUUUCCCCUGACCGGCUCUGUGCAAACCUGCUCUUACUAGCAUAUUGCUUUGCACCAGCAGCACUCUUGACGGGUUUUGUUUUUAAAGACACAGACCUCAUUUCUUUUGUAUAUUACUUUCAGAUGCCCCCCUUUUAAUUGUGGGGAGUGGGGUUUAUUGCUAGAUGCAAAAUAUUACAGAAACGCCUGGUGUAAAUUUAACCAGAGAAAUAGUCCUUAACUAUUCAGGAGGGGGAAAAGUCACCCUCUUUUUAUCGCAUUGCCGUCUUGCCCAGCCCUUCUGCCCCCCUACACACACAACAAAACACUAGAAUUUAUUUAUAUGUAUUUGAUGUUGUAGGUCUAGGUGAAAAAGUAAAUGUUUCACUUCUCUAUUUAUAUAUUAUGUCUCAAUUUAUUCUGUGCAGGAAAGGCCAAGAAUUAAUCCAUAAUGCUGAUUGCCUCUUCUUGUUUGUUUCUUCGUUUUUAACUGGUAUGGCUGCCACGGGACUCAUUUUUAACUUGGAAAGCUUUUCUUAGAGCCAACGCUUUUAAAGGCGCGACGCCCUCCCGCUUUGCCAUGUAUCGUUUCUCCAGCUUCAGCAGAAGAUAGAAGACAUGCUUUCGUAGUACCUGUUGGGCAUCUUCAAAAGGUGAAAGGCGCUUGUGUUUCCUUCAGGGCAGAAGCGUGACAUCCUUCACGGGGAGAGGAUUGUGAGCAUAGAAAUAAACCAACUUGGGAAGAGAGGGGAGAUGAGGGCAGUCGCAGUGGAGAUGGGGGUGCCGAUUCCUCCUCCGCCGUGACUCCACAUAGGCUCUGACAAUAAGCUGGCAAGGAAAUAGCCUGGCUUCUCUUCACACACAAGUGGUGUAAUGUUGAAGCAUCCCCCCCCCUUCUCCUUGCACAUGAUUACGGCUUUUUCUUUAUUCCACCAGCUGGGAAGCUCCAGGGCUCUUGCACAAGAAAGAGGAGAUGAGGGGUCAGGUGUUGUCGUGUUUGUUCUUGUGCACUGGGGAAAUGGUUUGCUCAGAAACACAGUUCCCAGCUGUGGGGGCCUGUUACUGAGCACGAUACCGAAACAACACCCAGAUCUGAAGCCCAGCGUUCGGCUGAGCUGCGCUCCUUCCUGGUGGAUGCCAUGCUGCCGCUUUGAACCAGUCGGUCAGUUGCAGGUUUAGCAGCAUGUAUGUAGGGUUCCCUUCUUCACCAUGACGGCAGCUGCCUUCCCCAGCUUAUUUUUAAGCCGCUGCUUGUCGAGGUUUAAUGUGGAGCAGAGGUAAGACCACUCCACGAGCUUUUAAAAUGAACAUUGAAAUGACACCGGCACCGAUGAGGCAGUCUGGGGAUCUUCACCUCUCUCCUGCCUCUUGUACAAUGAGAGCGACUGCAUGGUUGGUUUGCCACACACUGAGUUCGCGUACCCUCAAGGUGUACAGUGAGAUUUCCUCCCCACCCCAACCCUCCAAGAGUGCUCCAAGCUGUCAUUUUCUCAGUUUUAAAGAACUGCCUUGCCGUUCUGCUUCCGUGUGGUUCCUUGUUUAGCUGGCGGCCUGAUCCAUUCCAAAAAGCCCCCUUCCUUCUGCCUUGUCAUGUUUGAAUUCUGUUUUUUUUUUUUUUUGCCUGUGAUGUUUAUGCAAAGUUAAUGCAUCACUUUUAAGUUGUCGUCGUCGUCGUCGUCGUUAUUGGUCUGGUUUCAAAGUAUGAAAAUGCGACCUUCUGAAAAAGGACAAAACUCACACUAAUGAUAAGAAGCAGAAUCUUCUUCAAUGAAGUAUAGUCCUUCAGAUCAGAUGAGCAGAUAAUUUAAAGCCAUGGAAGUGCCAGUUACAGAGAGAUGCAGUGAAGCAGAGACAGAUUAGCUCCCAAAUUUACUUUUUGGUGUCACUUAGCACUAGACUCGGUUUGUCCAAUGGCCUGUACAAGAUAUAUCCAUCUCGUAGAUUAAGUGGAAAAUGCAACGUGGCAUUCACUCUGGCAUGUCGAGGCAUUGUUUGCAGCAAGUUUUCUUCCUCCUGGUCAUGUAUAAAUGGCAUCUGUUGCUUUUUUUAAAGAGGAUAUUGUACUUCUUUUAACCUUGCAACCUGUACAGUAAAAAAGAAAAAAAAGGCCUUUCCUCAUGUUUGUCUUUUCAUAUAGACCAGAUAUUUGAAAGGGCAAACAACGACUUAAGAUGUUAACAAAUGACAUGUAUGAAAAAUCUUUCCGGGAAACUUUUAACAUGGACUUGGACAUCUGAUAGCAGAAUUGCCAGGCUGGCGGCAGCAACAUGUUCUCGCCCUUCUCUUCUUGUUUUCCGUUCCUAUGGUUUCUCCUUUCAAAUACGUGAUUGUAUUAGCUCUUUCCAUAUGAAAGAAUUCUCCUUAUUUAAAUAAUAAAAAAUAAAAAGCA